AUGUAUGUGUGUUCCAGUACGUACUCCAGUGACGAAAGUCCGGCCAGCUCCCCCGGACCGGAGACUGGAACUGCCGAGUUCCUUUCGCCGAGAAGCUGGUUCUACACAUCGGCGAAGACAUCCGACUACGGCCACCAGUCGGCAGCACUGACGACCGGCGAAACGUCAGGUUCUGCUCGCCAGUCAUCAGCGAUGGCGACAGAGAAGUCCUCCAACAGGAGGGACUUUUCUCCCGUGCGGGGUUGGACGGAAGGUUGGAUGAAGGUCCUGCCGGCGUAUGGUCAGGACACAGCUGCGGCAGGCAUCGGGGAAAGCUACCUAUGGUCCAGGAUAGGCCGCGGAGGUCUGCUGUCUGCACUGGGCAACUGGAGGGUGUGGGGCAACAAGGAUGAACUACCCAACGGUGGUGACAGGGCUACUUCAACUUCAACCUCCACAGAGAAACAAGCCAAAAUGGAGACGUCCAGUGAAACAGUGGUGAAGACAGCUGUCAGCCAAACGUCAUCUUCGGCUGUCAUCACAUCACAAAGUGCCGACAGUGCCAUGUCUGGUGACCAGUAUGACGACGUAGCCCCGGGGAAAGGCUUUGCAGAGUCAGAAGAUCAUCUUCAGGAGGGAGAAGAUGAAGUCAAACAGAUGGGCGUAACUGUCCAAACAUGGAAUCAGACCACAAGUACUCAGAACACAGAUACCAUGGAACAAAGGUCCGGCCAGUCGGUAACACAGCACCGUGAGGUGGGCGAAAAUGUCAUUCUGGCAGCUUCAGGCAAGGAUACAACAACAACCGCGACAGGGGGAGACACUUUGAGCGUCUCUGUGAACCUUGUUGGCGAACAGGGUGAAGAGGAAGUAGAAGGGGAGCAAAAAGACGAAGGAUACAAAACUGAAGAAGAAUUAGAAGAGAAGAUGGUGGUAAGGGAGGAUGGAGUUGAGGUUACUGAAGAGAUGCAAGCAAAUGUUACUGACGAAAGUACAACGGUGACCAGUGUGGAAACGUCAGAAACGACAGACGUUUCUAUGACCAUUAUCAGUGAAAGUCUGGAGCAGGACAAGCAAAUCAAGACCACGUAUCUUGAAGAGGAAAUUGGAGAAAAAGUGGAGGAAGACUAUGAAGAGGGAGUAAUGAGCCAGGUGACUCUCGAAACGAUGCAGAAAGAAGAAACAGUGGCUGAUGAGCUCGUAGACGUCUCCCAGACCUCCGUCAGUGAGAGUUUUGACCACACCGUGCAAGCCAUGGUCAUAACUAUUGAAAAGGAGAAGACAGGUUGUGAAGAGGCGGAGGAAGGUCAUGAUGAAGAAGCAGGAGUAGGUCGGGAAGUGACUGUCGCAGAACAAGAAGACACUGCGGAGGAUGGGCUGGCAGAAGGGGUGAUGACAGUGAUAUCUACUGAAAGCACCACUACCAUCCUCACGGAAAAUCAUGCUUCACAGGACACUAAUGUGUCUGUUAUCUCAACCAUGAGCGGUGUGAGUGAUGAACAGGAGAAGGAGGCGUACAGUACAGCUGAAGAACAACAACACGGAGAUGAAAUCUCAAAAGAGAUAAACUUAGAAGAAGGUGACACAGUACAAGAAGUAGAAGUAGAAGAGACGGACGAAAUCAUUAAUGAAGCCGCAAGAAAGAGGAGGAGAACCUACAGUGGGGGCCUCAUGUCAUAUAUCCUUCCUGACGAGGAGGAAGAAGAAAUGGAAGUGGAGACUAGUAGCGAGGAAGAAUCCACGGAGACGAGUGAGGAGUCAAGCAUGGAGACGACUACUGGUCAAACCGAAACCAUCAUUGCUAGGGUGCAAGAGGCUUCGUCAGAGAGCAUGGAAGUAGAAAUAUCGACUCAAGGCGACGCCGAGUCAUCCCAGACUGGUCAAGGCGAAACGAUCAUUGCUAGGGUACAAGAAGCUUCCCCAAAGAGUAUGGAAGUGGAAAUGUCAUCCCAGACUGUGACUAGUGAGAUGAUAGUGAUAACCAGCACUGUGCAAGAAAAUGGAGAGGUACAAGAAGAUGUGAUCGCAACCUCCUCAGAUGUGGAGAUCGUGGGGGAAGCAUCUCAAGUUCUUACCUCAGCCAAGGAAGAGUAUGUGACGACAGAAGCUAGCGAAGCGACAAACGAGGUAACCGACUUUAAGGAAGCUGAGGAAACACUCGAUGAAACGGCUGCAGUUGGUGGAUCUGUCGUCACUGGGUCAAGCACAGUUGAGACAACAGGUGCAAGUACUCAUACAAAAGUCGUAGAGUCUGCAACGGUGACUUCAGAGGAUAUCAUUGAUGAGUCACAAGAGCAACAAAGCACCAAAACGAUUAGGCGAGCGAGGGCCACGACUAGCCGCAGAUCAUACUUUUUGCGCUCGAAGCUGACCCCCAGAGAGGCUAAAUUGCGCGCGAGCAAGGCACUUGAACCUGUAACAACUGGACAAGGAGGCAAGAAAGGUGAGGAAACAAAUACUCGGAAAAGACAACGAGUACAAGAAGAUUCAAACAGCACAACGUCGGCAGAGCAUAAAAAGCAGAAAACCGUGAUCGAGAAGGCAUCAGGAGCUUCAGUAGCAACAGAUGUUUCAUUGGUUCUCACCAGGGUUGAUGAACAUUCUGAUGAGAAAAAUGGUCUACAUGGCGAUGUAAAUGCUGUAUCAGAAACAAUGGAGGGGACUGUGACUGUGUCUGAAACAGACCCACAAGAUGAGCAAGAAAACGACGAAGAAGAGAAAGACGAAAGUGCGUCGGCGUCGUCAGAGGUUCAGACACUAACAGAUUUAGAGGUCACAAAUGUCACAGAAAAUGCAAAAGAGACUGUGACGGAUAAGAGCGUCACUGUCGUUUCUGCCCGAGUAAUUGCAGAAACACCCAGCAAAGCCGACUACUGGUUCAGGUCUCGUCGUAAGAGGCGUCUGUUUGACGCAGACGAUGGCUACACUAUAAGCCACACGUCCGCAGCCCAAAAGCACUCCAUGCGAGAAGAACACAAGAAAUCUUCAAAGUCUGUAGAAGAAACAGAUGACCUCUCUCUAAAGAAAGCUGAACAACGCAAGAAGGAAGUCAAAUCCUCGGAAAAGCGAACGAAGGGAAGGCCAAGGAAGAAACGUCGGUCAUCGGUAAAAGAGGUUGAUGAAGACAACAAAGAAGACGUUCUUGCACUUGAUGAGGCUUCAACAGUCGUAACAGCUGCUGUCACGGAAAGCAAAGCACAGGAUGAGGUUCAGAAAGAUACACCUGUCAACAAAUCAAAUGAAAAGAUGGCCACCAAAAGCAAGACUGCAAAGAAGACCGAAGGUGCAAGUAAAGAUGUUGAUGGGCAAAAGAGGGCAUACUGGUUGAGGGGACGGAAAGCUGCCCGCGAACCAAAGGCUGUUGUGCCGCCAGCAGGCCAUGCAGACAGCAUGGAAACUGUCACCGAGGCACGACAAAACAACACUGGGGGUUCGUUGAAAAAGAAGCAGUACUUUAUACUGGCAUCAACCAAGUCUUUUACCUCCAGGAGCGUGACUACCACUGCCACAGGUAUAGAGAAGACAAUCAUUGCAGAUACCAGCACUGGACAUGACGCCGAACAGGAUAUCCAGAAACAAGUUGAAACAUCCACUGCAGUAAUUGAAAAUCAAGAAGAAUGCGCCACCAAGAAAGAAGACGAACUUUCAGCCGGCAUAUCAGUGGAAAGUCAAGCCGUUACAAUGAUUGAAGAGGCUGUCGGUGACGAGAAAGAAGAUAUGCAAACAAAGACCUCUCUGGAGACAAUCGAUGAGGAAGUUGAAGUUCAAGUGGAGGUGUCUACAGUAACCACGGAGGAAGGUCAUACCGAAGAUGAGCAAACAUCUGUGGCAGAAGUGCAAGAAGAACAAGAGGAGAUAGUGGAAGGGGAGGCGGGAGAAGACGACAAAGAAACAGAAGUAAAGGGACAGGAAGAAAACGCAGAAGAGGAUGAAGAAGAGGUAGUAGAAGAGGAGGAAGACGAUCAAGUACUACAAGAAGUAGUGGUUGAGGGAGUACGAGAGAGAACGGAACAAGACCAAAUCGAAAAACAAGAAGAAGCAGAAGUUGAAGAAAAAGAAUCAACAGAAGAAGAAGGUGAAGGUAAAGAACAAACACGUCGACAAGGACGCCGAGGGAACUACAGCCUGCGGUCAAGAACAGUUUAUUAUGGAAGUGGACCAAGUGCACGCGCUGGCUUUCUGGCUGCCAUUGCAACAACUUCCUUGUCUUUGUCAUCAUCAACAACUCAUGUCCAUGAAGAUGACCCGCAGGAAGACACAGACAAGGUCGAUGACGGAGACGUAAUGGAACAAGAGCAAGAUGAAAGUCAUUAUGAAGAACCAAAAGACAAGGAGAAUGAGGAGGAAAGACGAGAACAGCAGCAAGUAGAAGAAUUAGCAGAAGAUAAAGAAGCGAGAGACUUGAGCGAAAGGGCUGAAGAAUCAGGAAAGGCUGAUGAAGAAGACGCAAUGUGGCAGCAAGAACAAGACGAAAGACAGGAAGAAGAACUAAAAGAUGAGGAAAAGAGGGAAGAAGAGGAACAGCAAGUUGAAAAAGAACAAACACCAGCUGUAGAGGAAGAAGAGACAAAAGUCGAGAUUCAAGAUCAAGACGCAAGCCAGGAAAACGAAGAAGCAGAAGAGGAGUUAACGGAAAGGAUAGACGAGGAGGAAGGGGAGCAGGAAAUACAGCUUAACAAGCAAGAUGAAGAAGUAGAAGCAUUAGCGGAAGAAGAAACACAGAAGGAGGCAGACGAGGAGAAGGCAGGUCAACUUGAAGUAGAACAUAUGCAGGUACCGGCUGAAGAAGCAGCAGUAGUAGAAAUGGAAGUAACAGGACAAGACGAAUGCGAGGAAGAAGAGCUAAAGGAUAAGGAAAAGACGGAGGGCGUUGAGGAGGAAAUACAACUUGAAAAAGAGCAAACACCAGCCGUAGAAGAAGAAGCAGUAGCAGAGAUACAAGGAGAAGAUCAAGACGUAGGCCAGGAAAAAGAAGAAUCAGGAGAGGAAGAAAACGAAGCAAUAGAAGAAGAGGAGGGGGAAGAGGAAGACGAAGGUGAAGGUGAAGAAUCGGAACAAAAGCAUGCUGAAACACGAAGACAAGGGCGUCGAGGAAAUUAUUGGCUGCGGUCGAAAACAGUCUACUACGGCAGUGGGCCAAGUGCACGAAGUGGCUUUCUUACUGCCAUCGCCACUACUGCCAUGUCAAGUGGAGCAAAAGACAGCAGUAAGAGAACCACAAUGACAUCAAUCGAGGAAGUGGCAACAACUCAGAUUAUUGAGGGUGACUUGGGUGACGAAUCAGAAGAGAUGGAUGAAGAUGCAAUGGGACAAGAACAGGACAAGAACCAGGGAGACAAACCAUCAGAUGAAGUGGUAGACGCAGAUGAGGAAGACGAGGAAGAGAAGGAGGAAGGAUCGGUAAGAAUGGACAGAGGGGAAGCUGAAAUUGAAGAAGACGCAAGACAGGAAGAGGAAGGGGUGAAGGAAAUACAGCUUAGCGAGCAAGUACCAGCUGAAGAAGAAGCAGUAGUAGUAGUAGAAGUAAAAGUAGCAGAACAAGACGAAAGACAGGAAGAAGAACCAAAGGAUGAGGAAAAGGCGGCGGAAGUUGAGGAAAUACAAGUUGAAAAAGAGCAAACACCAGCAGUAGAAAAAGAAGAAGCAGAAAUACAAGGAGAAGAUCAACAAACAGAGGAACGGGAAGAAUCAGAAGGGGAAGAGGAAACGGAAACGAUAGAAGGGGGUGUGGUGGAAGAAGUCGAAGAUGACGGAACAGAACAAAAGCGAGAUAAAACACGUAGACAUGGGCGCCGAGGGAAUUAUUGGCUGCGAUCGAAAACAGUCUACUACGGCAGUGGGCCAAGUGCACGAAGUGGCUUUCUUACUGCCAUCGCCACUACUGCAAUGUCUAGUGGUGCAAAAGACAGUAGUAAGAGAACCGCAAUGACAUCCAUCGAGGAAACGGCAACAACUCAGAUUAUUGAGGAUGACUUGGACGACAAAUCAGAAGAGUUGGAUGAAGAAGUCAUGGGACAGGAACAGGACGAAAACCAGAGGGACAAACCAUCCGAAGAAGUGAUGGAAGCAGAUGAGGAAAAGAAGGAGGAAGAAGAGGAGGAAAUACAAGUUGAAAAAGAGCAAACAUCAGUAAUAGAAGAAGAUGAAGUAAAGGACCAAGGACAAGAUCAGGACACUAGCCAGAAAAAAGACGACUCGGAAGAGAAGGAAAAAGAGGAGAUAGAAGAGGAGGAGGGGGGAGAAGACGAGGAGGAGGAGGACGAAUUAGAAGAAGGGGAGGAAGAGGUAAUGGGGCUAGGAAAGGAGGAAAACCAGGAAAAGAAAUCAUCAGAAAUCAUCAAAGAAGCAGAUGAGGAAGACGAAGAGGAGGAGGAAGAAUCGGUAAAUAUGGAUAGAGAAGAAGACGAAAGACAGGAAGAGGAAGGGGAGAAGGAAAUACAGCUUAACGAGCAAGUAUCAGAUGAAGACGUAGUAGAAAUAGAAGUAGCAGGACAAGACAAGAAAGAGGAGCCAGAUGAGGAGGAGGCACAAGCUGUAGAGGAGGAAGGUGAAGACGAAGGAGAAAAGUAUGAAGGUCGAAAAGAAGUUAGCAGAAGUGCAGGACGUCGAGGGAACUAUAACUUACGGUCAAGGGCAGUCUACUAUGGCAGUGGACCAAGUGUGCGUGGCGGCUUCCUUGCUGCCAUCGCCUGUACUUCCAUGUCUAGUGGUAAAUCUCAAACCAAGACAGCCGGCGCAGAAUUUAAAGGCAGAGUUCAAGGAGACUUGGGGCAAAUAAGAAAGAAAACAACAGAAGAAACGACAACACUGAGUGAUGAGGAUGACUUGGAAGACGAGUCAGGAAUCGUAGAUCAUGAUGGUGAAGUUGAACGUGUUGGAAACAUCACUGUAGUCUCAGAGCCACAUGAGACUGAACUUCAAACAACGACGACAUACUUUAUCACUAAGAUAACCGAAGGAGAAAAGAUGUCGGUGGAUGUGGACACUGACACCACGUCCCUGACAAGAACGACAGUUUCAACCGUAACCACAACUACUGAAACUUCGACAGAUGACAACACGAUGUUACAAGACGUUACGUCUACAGCAGGAGGACAGACCGUCAUCAUCAGUGAGGUCUCUGAAGAACAUGCUGACUCUAUGAUUUCCGGUGCAGCUGCAGUUGUCACUCACGACAAAAGUGAAAGUGACGGAGACGACAGUGACGAUGAAGAGAUUUCAGAUGACGCUGGCGGUGAACAAGUUUCAGAAGAUUCCAUGGUGACAAACGUUACUAGUACCACCGAGACAGAUGUCGCACCUAUCGUGGAGAUCGAUACUACAGCAUCAAGCGAAGAAACAGAACAGUCCCAAGAACCCAUGGAAACAACGGAGACGAUUGAGGAGAGUCUGAUUGCCAUGGCUGUCGAAGACGAUCGUAUGCAGAGAGAAUCUGAGGCUAAGAAAGGACAGGUGACAAUGGCAGAAGUAGAAAGCGACACAGAGCAAGAAGCUGAAACAUCCGAUAAAGUGACUGAGUCUGAAGAAGAUACGAUCGAAGAGGGAGAAACAGUGGCCAGGAGGAGAAAGGGCGGCUCCAGGGGAAACUACAGCCUACGUUCUAGGACGGUAUACUACGGGAGUGGACCAAGCGCAAGAGGUGGUUUUAGAGCUGCCAUGGCUGUCACGGCCAUACGGGAAGCUGGAACCGACCGGUCCAUAACGUCGAAAGCAAAGGCAGUACUUUUGAAGAAGGCCAAGAAAACAGAUGUCAACCAAGCAUCUUCAACAUCGAGUGAGAAUUCAGAGGACUCAUAUGUUGUAGACCAAGAAGCAGCUGUAAUGGAGACUAGCAGUUUCGAAGAAGAAAGUUCUAAAGUUAUCCAAGAGUCGUCGGUGGAAGAUACCGUGACUGUUGAGAGCUUUGAUGAUCAGACUGUUGGGCAGCAGACAGACGGAACUUUGGCAGAAUCUGAGGGCAAAGACGCAAACACCUCGGACACAGAGGUCGAUACCGGCCUUGAUGUCGAGCAAAAGACAGACCAAACUUCAGAAGAUGAUAGUAACGGCCAAGAAACCCUCCAAACAUCAAAGGUUGCGGAUGUUUCACAGGUCGAAGCAGUGGAGCUGCCGCCAGUCUCCACAAAUGCAUCUAAGAAACGCAAACUUGAAGAAUCUUCUGUCGAAGAACGCCCCACCAAAGGAGAGAGGAGUCAGAAAGGCCCAAGAGGCAACUACAGUUUGAGGUCAAGGACAGUCUACUACGGCAGUGGACCAAGUGCACGUGGUGGCUUUCUUGCUGCUAUCGCGACCGCCACAAUGAGCAGCAAACAAGGCCAGUCUGUUACAUCAAGAUCGGCAAAGAAGUCAUCAAGAGUUGUUAAGUCGGUAGACGAUACAGGUGAAAUUGAGCAGGCGGAAGAAGACAGUGUCAUUACCAUUCAAGAUGACGAAAUUGACGACUCGGACAUAGUUCACAAGGCUGGGGUGGAAACUGUGGAGACUUCAUCAUCAACUAAAUUUCAAGAAGGAGAAGAAGAAGCUGGAACAGUUUCCACCACGAUUGUAGAGGGCAUCACAGAUGAAGACAUUGAGGGAGUCUUGGAGGAGUUGUCAGAAAGUGCUGCAAGUGGGCAGAUGUCACUUGAGGAUGCUAUGGCGGAGGCCGCAUCACCCAAGGACAUCCUGUCAGAAAACCAAGAAGAGAGCGGGAACGUCACUGAGGUUGAACAGAACACGGUCCACGCAGCACUUUCUGACAAGGAGGCUGUCUCAGCACCACCAAAGGAGGAGACAAGUACGUUGGAGACAGAUGACAUUGCCAAAGAAGAAAAUGAUGAGGAAAUAAACAUCAUGUCAUCCUCAACAUCAAAACGGAGCAGGAAGAAGAGAAAGAUCGAUGACACCGAAACAGUUGAACUAAGCGAGGUAAUUUCAACGGACGUUGAGGAACAGACAGCGAGCACAGCAGACGAAGAAGAAUCUGGAGAGAUGUCGAUGAAGACCAACACUGCUGUGGAGUCCCGCGAAUCGGGCGGUCGCUCGUAUUGGCUGAGAAAACGAACGAUCACGUAUGAAACAAAAGCACCUGAAGUGUCAGUCAUGGAGUCGUCUACGGUCUACGAAGCAGACAACAACAAGUCUAGCGAGGAGUCAAAUAACAAGGCAACGAAACGAGCAGCAAAAGCCGCUCAAGUGGUACCGGUGGCAUCCAAGAAGUCUAGAAAGGAAGCCACUGUGGUCCAGACAGAAGGAGAGAGUGGUUCACCAUCUGCAUCUAUCGCAGGAAUGUCUGACGUCCUGGAAGAAUCCGUCACAUCUGAAAGUCAGACUACAACGGAACAUGCGAUGUCGGGGACCACUUCCGUCAAGGUGACUUCAUCUGAGGACAGCCUGAGGCAGAAAACCGGCACCAUGGUCACAGAAGAGGGGGAAACAGCGAUGCUAGUCUACGAGUCAGGAACAGCCUCUACUUCGACUGAAACGACAGUGGUGACCAACGUUGAGGUGCACUCAGAGGGAAUCUGUGACGACACUGGGACUCCUGAGGAAGCGAUGACAACCACAACAAAGACUACAACAUCGACGACAGGCAGUCGGACCAAAAGAGGACCAAAAACGGUGACAAAAUUAUCCAUUCUGGAGGAGCUUUCAGAAGGAAGUCAAGACGACCAACAUGAUGAGAAGACGAGAGAGGCCAUCUCAGCAUCUAGGACUGAAGAGGCCAUGGUGUCAUCAACAAGCACAUCCACCGCAGACCAGGGGGUCAAACACUGCUACUCCUGA